CUUUGACCCACUUUAUCCACCAGGAUGGAGGAGCCUCCCACAUGAAGCUGGGGCCAGGAAAUUGUGGUUGCCUAGCAAGUUUCACAUCCACGGUGCAAAGUUUGAAGACGUGUUGCUCGUCUGCUGUCUGUCUUUGCUGUAAACUACAAACGCACAGCAACUACUUUUAAAUACAUUUUCCCCGUCGAGGUCCAGGUGGCAACAUUGACGGUGCAAGAUGUCUGUCGCAGGAUUAAGGAAGCAAUUUUACAAAGCGAGUCAGCUGGUGAGUGAGAAGGUUGGAGGUGCAGAGGGAACCAAACUGGAUGAAGACUUCAAGGACCUCGAGAGGAGAGCAGAUGUUACCAGCAAAGCGGUGGUGGAAGUCAUCAAUAAAACAUCAGAGUACCUCCAGCCCAACCCGGCAACGAGAGCUAAGCUGUCCAUGCUCAACACAGUGUCCAAAAUGCGUGGGCAGGUCAAGAGUCCGGGCUACCCUCAGCCUGAGGGCCUCCUGGGGGAGUGCAUGACUAAGUAUGGACGGGAUAUGGGCGAGGACACCAACUUUGGUGGGGCUCUAACAGACAUUGGGGAGUCAAUGAAGAGGAUGGCCGAGAUCAAAGACUCUCUGGAUAUUGAUGUGAAGCAGAACUUUAUUGACCCACUGCAGGCCGUCGCUGAGAAGGAUAUCAAAGACAUUCAGUACCACCUGAAGAAGCUAGAGGGCCGCCGUCUGGACUAUGAUUAUAAGAAGAAACGUCAAGGGAAAAUCCAAGAUGACGAGAUCAGGCAGGCCCUGGAGAAGUUCCACGAGUCCAAAGAAAUGGCUGAAGGCUCCAUGUACAACCUGCUGGAAACAGAUGUGGAGCAGGUGAGUCAGCUGUCUUCUUUUGUGGAGUCUCUGCUGCAGUACCACAGACAGGCCACACAGGUCCUGGAGGAGCUUUCUGACAAACUGAGAGAAAGGGUGAAUGACGCUCAGUCUCGUCCAAGGCGCGAAUACACACCCAAACCCAGACCAUCCUAUGACUAUGGAGAGGUAGAAAACUCUAACGGAGGAUACUCACCAGCUGCAACAACCCCUCCAGCUUACUCUUCUGCACAAUAUCCAGGUCCAUCCUUCCAAAGAAACUCCAUCAAGAGCAGACGGCCUGAGCCAUGCUGUAAAGCACUGUAUGACUUUGAGCCAGAGAACGAAGGAGAGCUGGGCUUCCACGAGGGUGACAUCAUCACCUUGGUCAAUCAAAUCGAUGAGAACUGGUUCGAGGGAGCCAUUCGCGGAAAAUCGGGAUACUUCCCCAACAACUAUGUUGAAGUGGUGGUGCCUCUGCCACACUAAAAAACAGCAAGGCAAGAGGUGAACAGCACGAUGGAGAGGAUGAAAAGGGGGGAUGGUGGACGGUCAACUCUCAAUAACCAAAAUAUAUCUUUUCUUUAUUGCAAUUUAAGACUAAACCUAUCAAGACAGGAACCUAAUUUGUACCUAGGAGUUAUUUGAGUAAAGAGAUUUUUUUUUUAUACUGUCAGAUUAAAAGAUGGAUUUUUAAAAACAGUAAGGACAGGGGAAUGUUCAGUCAGAAAAAUGACAGUGUAAUAUUUUAGUAUUUACUUUCAUUCUCUAUGCACCUGUGCACUUUGUACACUACACAUCCAUCACAAGAACUGAUGAAGAAAGACCAAGAGAGAAUGACAUCUGUAAUGACAUGUCCAGCAGUAUCCACAAACACUAAGAAGUGCAACUAGUUUAUUCUUAUAUUCCAAACCUAUUUUAUAUUCACAAGAUGACCUUUCUUGCUCUGUGUAUUGUUCAUAUUGUUACUGCACACAUACAUGUAUACACAUGCAUUCUUCCAAGCACUGUUUUUUACACUCCCAGUUUUCACUUCUGUGCCUUCAGGCUUUAGUACUGUUGUCAGCAUGGACCAGUUAGAGUCAACGUGGAGGACUGGCUGCCUUCUGUCCAUGAGACUAUCCUCCACUGCCAUCUGGUGGUCAUCUAGAGAUCAUUCUUAGCUAUUAUACGGCCUUUAUUAUCUCUCACCAAAUCCACGUUGGUUGGCUUGUCUUAUGUUUAGGUGUGGAUUCGUUUUUUCUUCCUAAUAUAGAUGUAUAAAACUUAAAAAAUGGCUGGUGCCAGUCAGCAUGUUUACAUUGACUGGCAGCUGUAUUAAAUGUUUUUUCAUUCUUACACCACUGCUGAUCAGAGAAACUGGCAGUUUUACAAACGGCAGUUCAUUGGAUACCAAAACAGUUGUUUUAUAGUUGAGUCUAAAGAAUUGGAGGGCGUCCAUAAAUGUGCUUAGUUUUAUAACCUUUAUCACACUAUUUGUUGCUACGUUGUCAAUUAUUUAAUUUACAGAUAGCCCUUCCAAUGUUUCUCACUACACUCCUCUUAGAGCUGAUUCCCACAUUGGACGAGACUGACGUUUGUCAUUAAAAGAAAACCUAUUUCAUACAGCCAGAUGUGGGCAAAUCUGCAACAUGAAGUUAAAUGUUUUUAGCGAAAAUGUUUACUUCACAUUUUAAA